UAUGUGAAUGGCAUUUUGUGUCAUGAUAAGAUCCUGAAUAAUAAUGUUUUUCGAUACAAAAAUUGAAUUGAAUUAUUUUUCGCUUCAAUGAAUGUAACAAAAUUUUCGUAAAGAUCACGGGCAAUUAGAAUUAUGUUGAAAUCAUGAUUAAAUUACUUAUUUUCUUUUAUCUAUGGUUUUCACUAUUCUCAACCUGCUACAAUUUGGAUCUACCAAAGCAGUAUCGAAAAGAAAAUGAUACAUUUCGGUUUCCGAACACUACGCUGACGUCCAGGCGUCUCCCGCGAGGGUUCCUACCAGGCUCGCAGAUCUUUAAGGAGAGAGACCAUGACGCAGAUCACACUUACACAGGGCCUCAGCGGGGACACAGCUGGUCAGCGGGACGCGGGGCGCCGCGGCUGCUCGGGGACGCGUGUCUGCGAGCCCCCAGGCCGGCGCCAGGUCGCGCCGGUAGACUUGUGGUGGAGUUGCUCAGACGCCUAGAAGGCCCCCCAGCCCCGCUCACGAAGCAGCUGCUAGCGUCCCUGGUGCGGGCCCACGUGCUCGUGCAGACGACGUCUCUGGACCAGGAGCCGACCCUGACUGCGCUGGUGCGGGGGCCGGCGGAGAUGCGGGCGGAGCCGCAUGCCUCCUUCCCCAGGGUGAUGGCGGCAAUGUGGUUGUUGCUCACUGAUGCAGACAGCCUGGCUGAAGACGGCUGGUGCAAGCUGGACAAGCUGAACGACUUCCUCAACCACGCCGAGCCGAAAAGCAUACCCGCUCAGCUCAAGCGCAUAGACGGUGCGUUGUCGCGCGCGCGGUACGCCGUGGAAGAGUUCAUCCACAACGUGGUGGUCACAGGCGACCUGCCGCUGCGGCUGUACCCGGCCAGGACUAGCACUACUCAAGUUAGAACAACAACAACCACAACAACCUCCACCCCCGCGCCUCCCCCGACUACGGUGACCACCACCACGGCUGCCAACUCCACCAAUGUGACUACCAUAGAGACUACCACUAGGCGGUUCCAGCCGACACGGCCGAGGAGCACACGGUCAAGGACCACCAGAACUCGAACCACAACCGAACCACCAAAUCUACCAGUCAAAGAGCAAUACAUAGAAGGAGAUGACACUUCAGACAUCUACCUCAAACAGCUGUUCGACUCCUUCCCCGAAAUCCACAUCUCGGAUUACCAUGAGACCCAUUUAUCCAAUAACCAGAUCUCGGAAAAUCCGGUUGGCCCGAAAAUCCCGGAUAAAUCGAACGAUCCGAAGAUCCGUCGGGUGCGGGAACCUAGGAUGCGUUCGCGCAGCUUUCAACUUGAGAUUUUCAGGAGUUUGAUUAUUUUUGUGACGGUUUUUGUUUUGUGAAUAAAUUGUUUAUGCUUGG